AUGGUCCUCUGCGAGCGGUCCUUCGUUGCAAACAAUAAGGCCAAGAAGGCGCCGUCUGCCUGCACGCUCGAGGAGGAGCGGAGGGCGAAGGCUGCGGCAGAGCUUCGCGCACAGGAGGAGAGGGCGGCGCAGCUGGCUGCUGAGCAGGAGGCGGCGAGGCGGGCGGAGCGAGAGGCGGCAGAGCUAGCGGGUGCGGCAGAGCGGGCGGCGCUGCGCGAGGAUGCGGAGCUGGCAGAGGCGCUGCGCCGGUCCGAGGUGGAUGCGGAGGAGGCGCUGGCGCGUCGGGUGUCGCGGUGCGAGGAGGCGGUGAGCAGCGAGUCGACCGGCGGCGGCGGGGACUUGCCGCAGCGUGUCGAGCGGCUGGAGGCGAGCCUCGGCGCGGCGACCGAGGGCAGCCUCGAGGAGCGAGUCGGCGCCAUCGAGCGCUUGAUCGGGCCAGAGGCGAGAGAGGCGGCGGAGCAGCAUCUGCCAGUCACCGAGCCGUCUGCUGCCGUCUCACUAGCCGACGCCGGCCUCGACACAGGGCGACAGGCUGCCCCCGAGUCCACCAUGGGGGGAGAGACGUCGUGCAUCAUAUGCUUCGAGCGGCCGAAGUCUCACCUCGCGGUGCCGUGCAGCCACUUGUGCGUCUGCGGUCCAUGCUCCGAGCUGAUGCGAGAGUGCCCUUAUUGCCGCGAGCCAUGGGUGUGGGACCACAGCCAGGAUACACUCGAAGGCUGGGACGUCGAGCGACACCGGUGGCAGUGCCACCCAGGAGUGGUCGGGCGGUCUCCCGUCAUGAGAGAGUCACCAUCGGCCAGCAAGCAGAAAAUGGCAAAAUCCCCGCGGGUAAAACCCGAAAAUACCUGGGUUUUCCUCCCGGGUAUUUUCGGGUAUUACCCGCACUGGACGCUGGAGGCCGUCGUGGGUCACUGCCAGGCCUUCCUUAUUGUAGUUCAGCCGGCCUAA